AUGCCUGUGUCGGCCCACUCUGCUGCGCAACGAAUAGCACCCGACAACACGAAUACCCCAGGCAGCCUUGCCUGCCUUCAUAGUGUUGCUUGGGGUUGCCAUACCCCUGAGGUCAUAUUUCGUCCCAUGAAGUCACCCAAAGAUGAUCAUACUAUCUUGUGCUGGGAGAGAGACUCCAUUCCCGCGUUGUUACUUAACACCGAAAUGUCCUCGAUCUUGGUCCGAGAUGAGUACCCAAACGCCCUGCGUGACAUCAUAUCGGUUGCCCAGUGCCAUGGUGAUCUCCAGCAAGACGAGCCCCUCGAGGCCAUGGAAGUCGAUAGGAACAAUCGCUUUUACAACCCUUUCGUGGACAUGCCGCCGUUUUCAUCCUGGUAUCUUGCCGCAAUUGUGCUCGGUAACUCGGGUAUCGGGAAGACCAUGUUCCUGUACUACGACCUGGCGCUCCGCACCCUUGCCGGGCUGCCGUCCAUGCUGCAGUUGAAUUCCGAGGAACUGUUUGUCUUCUGCAACGAAGGUGUAUUUGUUCUACCCUUCCCCCGUCUCUCUCAACAGAUCAUUGAGUUCUGCACCCACAUCCCCCACUUUGUGUGGGUCCUUGUCGACUCGACCCUGCAUCCCAAAGGGGUGCAUUCAACUCUUUAUGAAUUAUACUGUUCGCACUCUGCCUUCAUCCUCCAAACAGCGUCACCCCGUUGGGAUUGCACACGCUGGAGGAACAAGACACCACGUCCAGCCAUUACGUUUUGGAUCCUCAAUAGUUGUGACACCCAUCUAUGGUCCCAUCAACGGCCCCCGGAGCAUCAACUCACGCUCUGGUGCAAGAAAUACGGAGCAUCCGCCCGGCAGGCAUAUGCGUAUGCCGCGCACGUAUCUCUUCACGCCCCAGACAUCGCACACCUCAUCCGGUCGCUUGCCGUCGACAAGAACAUGCUCACCACGAUGCUCGCCAAUGCAUGUAGCGCAAACGUGGUGGACGAACGCUCGCACGACAUAUAUGUGAUCGCGCCUGUCCCCGGCGACCGGAUGCGCCACGAGGUCAGGUUCGCGAUACCCCAUCUCCUGUUCGCCCUGCUCGAGCAGCUCGAAGCGGGGCUGAACUGGCCGCGCGACACUGCCUAG